AACGACAAAGACUCCAUGUGAAUUAAUUUAGGCUUAUCACUACGACUUCAGACUGUUACAGUAAGUGCGUACAGUUUUCCAACAGACCUUGAAUGCAACAUUAACAGCUCACAUUGCGCUUCAGCAGGACGCAUCAGGCACAAAGAGGCACCAAACUCUGAUGAAGCAUCCACAGUCAUCAUCAUCAUCAUCAUCAUGUCUCUGCCGGUGCAGUUUGGUGCUCUGAGGACCAGAGAGCUGCGAGAGCUGCUGGAGGACGAAGACAAAAUAAAUCACAUCAUCAGCUGCAGUGAGAAGUUUCAGCAAAUGCACGGGGCUGCAGAGAGGAUCCUGGUUUCAAAUCAAAAGCUGGCAAAAGUCGGUCUUUCCCAAAAACCCACAUUUAGAGAUGCCAAGUUGCUACUUGCAAUGAAGUACAAGGAGCUCGAAAAACUGAGGAGCCUCAUCCAGGCCAAACAUGAAAAACUGGCAGACAAGCACAGGUUGCCCCAUGCCCAGUGGUGUCUCCUGAAUAAGAUCAGUCACGCUGAGGAGGAGUGUGAGCUGCUGUUUCAGAGGUUUGCGGAGGGGAAAACGCCACUGGCAGAUUUUUUGGAUUCAUUUCUCAGCACGCGAAAACUCCAACACAUCAGUUUGGUCCUGGUGAAGAAACUCCAGGAAACGACUGAACUCAAACCAGCACAAAGCCUCAGAGAGACUCACGCUGACGCUCAGCAUAACGCCUGCCUUCCUCUCUGCGGUCUAACCUCAGCUGUGGUCUUACCCGCCUGCUGCCACACUCCGGUUCUGCUGCCCUUUGCUACCCAUGCAAACUCUGGCUCCUGUCUACAGUAUUUACCAUUUUGCCCUGAUUACAGCCAGCACCUGCGGGUAGGAGUUCAUGGACGAGGCCCCAGAUGGCCAGCGAGACCUACACGCCUUGAGCCGCUGAAGAUGCAGCAGAGGAAGCAUCAAGAAGCACCACACUGAGAUGACAUGUUUUAGUUUUCCAUUAGGGUUAAUGAGGUGGAAAUGGUCGCUGAGUAAAGUUUCCACAGCGUCAAGUAUUAAAACCUGAUUGGUAUCGAACAGCAGGCGUUGGAUGCUUUUACAGAUUUUGAGUUUGUUUAAAUUUUUAUUUAUUUCUUUCAUGAGACAUUUCCUGAUUUAAGUCAUAACUUAAGGAAUAUUUGAGUGUUGAGGCAAAGAAAAUUCAAAAGUGUAAGAGAGUUGAAUGAAAGAAUGAAAGUCUUUCAUUCACCACACAGAGAGCAGGUCUGAAUAUGUCAUCAAACUUUCAUCAUUUUGUGCACUAAGAGUUUCUUCAUUUACUGGAUGCCCAUUUGUUUGUCCAGCACACAUGUGAAAGCGAGAAAACAACCCGUGAGUUUAAACAGCUGAGUGAACAAAGGGAACACGGUAAAGAACAUAUUUAUGGUUCCUUCAGUCUGAAAAGUGGUGACCAGCUGAUUCAGUGAACAUGAACUGCUCAGUGACACCUGAUAUCUCUGAUCGUCUGUGUGCCGAGACUCCUGCCAAGGUCAGCAAAGGACCACAAACAACUCUUUAUUUACUUCAAGCUCGCAGUUCAUCCUCACCUUUAGCAGUACGUUUUACAUUAGAGGCCGUUCGGGUAACCUUCUAAAACUCACCAAUUUGUUCAAUAUCUUUGUGUUUCCUUCCUUCAUUAACUCGCCUAAACACUCACGAGGGUUAGCCAGGGUGCCAUAUGGCCCAGUACAGCUUGCCAUACAAAUUCAGCCAUGGAGAAACCUCACUGGCACUACAGGAGAUGAUUAGCAAGGUGGAGCUUGUUCAAAGGCUUCUGUUACACCACAGACUUCAGUUACAUCUUUGUCAGCAGCCUCUUUUGUCCCACAACACUCAAAUUGGGCAAUUUUCUUGUCUGUCAGCUGAU